AUGGCCGAGGCCGAGGGCGACAACGCACGCGGGAAGAUUGACGACAUGAAGGAGUUCCACACCGAAAACACGGUUCAUUUCUCCUUAACCGGCACCGUGGAUCUGAUCAAGGCGCUGGAGCAAGAAGGGCUCGAGAAGGUCUUAAAGCUCCGGACGAGCAUCGCCACCUCAAACAUCGUGAAGCGGCCAGACGGACCGAGGGCACUUCGGGCCAUCGAAUUCCCAGGGCUGAUUCGCGCGGACGUUGCUCCACUGGAAGACAAGCCUGGGAAGGACUCGGCGCCGAGCAGAGCGAGCUCGGGCUGA